AUGACAACAGCAGCAGUGUUCGGCUGCACUGGAGCCGUGGGCUCUCAAAUCCUCGCGACAAUCCUCUCCACGGAUACAUUCUCAGCCGUCAAGACUAUCUCAAGGAGGCUGCCGAAUGCUCAGUCUCCGAAGCUCCAGGCCAUCGAAGAAGGCGACAGCUCAAAAUGGGCCAGCAUGCUCCCUUCCCUCUCCCCCAAGCCGUCAGUGUUCUUCAAUGCAAUCGGUACCACUAGAGUGGCAGCCGGCGGAAUCCAGAAUCAGUGGAAGAUCGACCAUGACCUGUGCAUAGAGAAUGCGAAGGCAGCCAAGGCGGCCGGGGCGACGACGUACGUGUACAUCUCCAGCGCCGGGACCAGAGGCUUCCCAACUCGCUACCUGCCCUAUUCGAAAAUGAAGAAUGGCGUUGAGGAUGCCAUCCGGGACCUCGAUUUCGAACACGCCAUCAUCGUGAAGCCUGGAGCUAUCAUCCACAGGGAGCAGAGCAAGGUUCUCUUCUUCGAGCGCGCCGUUGAAUGCCUCAGUAUGUUUGGGCAGGGCCUCCAGGAUAUGAUAGGCCAGGAUCAAGCCAUCAUUGGUAGAGCAGCUGUGGCAGCCGCUCGGAUGGCUGAAGAGGGCAAAGCACCGUCAAAAUACUGGGUUGUGAAUAUGGCUGAUAUCGUCAAGUAUGGCAGGGACGAGUGGAAGGAAUAA